AGAGCAAUAUAUCUGAUCGGCACCGAGCAAAUAAGAGGAAGUGCUGAAGAAAAAUGGCAGAAGGGAAAGUGAGCAAGAGUGAUUCCUUUAAUCGGUUAAUUGAUAUAAUAGAGUCACAGAAUUCAGCUGAGGAUGACGGCUCGGAAAGUUCUGGAGCUCGUUACCCGCAGGACCUCCGAAGCGUCCUGGUUACCAGUGUCUUAAACCUGGAGCAGCUGGACAUUGACCUCUACAGUCCCAUCUCUUUCUCCGCCAGGGGAACACACCACUGGGUGCCGCGCACGCAGCGCUUAUUUGGCGGUCAGAUCAUCGGCCAGGCUCUGGUGGCUGCUGCCAAAUCGGUCAGUGAUGAUCUCUAUGCCCACUCGCUCCAUUGCUACUUUGUGCGAGCAGGAGACCCUAAGGUACCGGUUCUGUACCAGGUGGACCGCACUAGAGAUGGGCGCAGUUUCACUGUGCGCUCUGUGAAGGCCAUCCAGCAUGGACAACCCAUCCUGAUCUGCCAGGCGUCCUUCCAGCUGCUGCAGCCGAGCCCGCUGCAGCACCAGUUCCCCAUGCCGGUGGUCCCUCAGCCUGAAGACCUGCCCACCGUUGAGGAGAUCAUCCAGCGUUACCUCAGUAAACCAGACCUGACAGAGAGUGCAAAACAAGGCCUGAACAAACUCCUGGCUACCGAGGUUCCCAUCGAGGUGAAGCCCGUCAGCCCAGCACAGUUUUACCGCCAUGUUUCAGGAGAACCGCGGAGGCUGUUCUGGGCCAGAGCUCGAGGACAUAUCGGUGAAGGAAACAUGAAGUUGCACUGCUGUGUGGCCGCCUACGUGUCAGACUUUGCCCUCCUGGGGACGGUACUGCUGCCGUAUCCUAAAUACAAAGCCCGCUUCACCGCCUCCCUGGACCACGCCAUGUGGUUCCACAGCACCUUCCGUAGCGACGAGUGGAUGCUGUACGAAUGUGACAGCCCCUGGGCAGGAAGCAGCAGAGGACUGGCUCAGGGCCGGCUGUGGAGAAGAGAUGGGGUCCUGGCAGCCUCGUGUUCUCAGGAAGGGGUUCUGAGAGUCAAACCUGUCCCAGAGAACAGCAAGCUAUAGCAGUUUUUUUUUUUUUUUUUACAUAUUUGCUAUAAUUAUGAGUGAUAUCUGCCGUUUUAAGUGUUUUAUGGAAGGAUUGCUUUUAAAAUGUUUAAAUGUCAUAUAUUAAAAUUAUUUAUGCACAGGGCGGAGGGUACAAUCUUUCUAACUUCUAGGGUUGUACAUGUCAGGACUUGAGUAACAUUUUUUUCAGUUUUAUGAAUGAGUGUGAUAUGUUUGUACACUGGAGGCUAAAAUAUAAGCCAUGUUAGAACCUAUUAAACACGUGAUAUCUGAAAGACCCUGCAGACACAACCAGAUGUACCGUUUAUUAUGACUGUGUAGAAUUUAUAACACUAUCAGCUUGAAAUAUUUCAAUUUUAUAAAUUAUUAUUUUAAAAAAUUAAUGGAUGAAAGAGCUAUUUUUUAUUAACACAUUCCCAAAAACAGAAAAGGCUAGAGUGGAUUUAAGCUUUUCUAUAUUUCUUGGAAACAUUCAUGCAAUGAUGUUAUAUAAUGUAAGAGUCAAUAUACAAUAUUAACUCCUUUUGUUGACUUUAUUGCAACAUUUCUGACCUGUGGUGCCUUGAUAACAUGAAACACAAAGCAUGGUAACUUGUUUAUAAUAUAUAAUUUUCCUUACAGGUGUAUCCCAGAAGUGAGUGUUGUUUCAACUAUUGCACUAAUGUCAAUAUGUGCUUUGUCUUUAGUUUGAAUGUGAAAAAAUUAAGAGAAUUUUGCACUGUAACAAUAAAUAUUGUAACUUGUGA